AUUGGAAAAAAAUUCAUCGAUAAAACAACGAAAAAAGAAACAAACAAGUGCAAAAUAAACGUUCCAAUUAAUACUAAAAAAAAAACAAAAAUAUACCCGUUUGAAUCAAAAAUGGCAAUUAAACGUCGUACCGGUUCGACUAAAUCACCACCAAUAUUAUCACAUGAAUUUUUCAUACAAAAUCAUGCUGACAUUAUUUCCUGUAUUGCUAUGAUUAUUGUUGUAUCAUUAUUAUUUCAAGCUACAUCACAAUAUGCUGCCUAUUUUGUUGCAUUACAACAUAAUACAACCGAAAUAUUAGGCAAUCCAAUGGCAUUAUAUUCAAGUGGACCAAAAGAUAUUUGUGUUAUAUUUUUCUAUUUUUUAAUCAGUAUCGUCAUACAUGCCGUUGUUCAAGAAUAUAUUAUCGAUAAAAUCAAUCGAAAAUUACAUCUUUCCAAAACAAAACAUUCAAAAUUUAAUGAAAGUGGACAAUUACUUGUAUUUUAUCUACUAUCAAUUAUAUGGGCCGGUGAAAUAUUACGUCGUGAAAAAUUUCUUUUACCAUUGCAACGAAUUUGGUCGGAUUAUCCGGAAAAACAUAUCGAAAUGCCCUAUAUUAACAAAUAUUAUUUUAUCGUACAAAUUGCCUACUGGUUACAUGCAUUUCCUGAGCUUUAUUUUCAAAAAGUUAAACGUGAUGAAUUGGUUCAUCGUGCCACUUAUGCAUUUUUGUAUUUGUUCUUUUUCAUCGGAGCCUAUUAUCUGAAUUUCACAAAAGUUGCAUUAUGCCUUUCAUUGUUUCAUUAUCUUUCCGAAUCAUUUUUCCAUCUAUCACGGCUUUUAUAUUUCUCCAACAAAACUAAACUUCAUGGUUAUGUUUUUAAUAUCUGGAAUGUAGUAUUCGUAUUGGUACGUUUCUUAUCCAUCAGUCUUUCUGUAUUAACUUUCUGGUAUGGUUUUGCUGCCACAUCAUCAUCAUCGAUCGAUGUUGAUGCUGGAAAUUUCAACACGCCAUUGAUUCGUUUGCUUUGUUUGGCUCCUAUUGGUUUUCUUCAAGCAUGGAUGAUGUUAAAUUUUAUUACAUACCAUAUGCAACGUUUACGUGAACGUGCAGCCGAAAUAGCACGACGAAAGAAGAAUGCCAUUCAACAGCGUCCACAAAAGAUACCUGAUGCUGAUCUAGAUGAUCUACCGGAAGUAGAUCAACAACAAUCAACAGCUAAUUCAAAUCAAAUCCUUCAAUCGAGCCCAACCACUGCUUCCGUAUCUAAUUCAUCCAAACUUCAUUCGCCAAAAUCUUCGGGAAAAUUAAAGAUCAAAUAAAUUCAAAUUCUCCUUAAGCGCUUAAUCCAAAUUAUAACCAAAAAAAA